CGAUUCCGGUCGCUGGAUUCAGUUUAAUUUUACGCUACAAUGCGGACGGUCACUUCCGAGGUGCAGUCUCAGCUGCUGGCAGUUAUCGUCGUGGUGAUUGUCGCCGGUUGUUUUGAGUUGAGUUUCGGUUCUCCACUGUACAAGUAUCGUUGCGUUCGGGAUAAGUGUCUGAGGCAGCAAAAGGAUUCUUUGAAGGACCAUGAACAGUACCUGGAUAGUCUGAACGAGUGUCGGUUGGUGUGUGGGGAGUUCCGGGCACUGUGGCCCAUUCCGGCUGUCGUCGUGAAUCUUGGACAGGAAACUCGCGAAUUUGUUCCCAGCGAUAUCAAGUUCGAUUUCCAUACUAGUCCGGACGAUGCCGACGUACAGAACUAUCUCAAUCAAACAACGCGAGUUUUCUUGAAAAACUUAUACAAGGAAUGCGGUCGAAACUGCAAUCGCACAACCAACACCAGGAUAUAUUUUAGCGUCAAAGUAGAAACGACUGAAACAUCACUCACCUGGACCACGGAUGAGUCAUACGAUCUCUUCGUGGAAGACCACGAAGGACUACUUGAGAUCUCGAUCGUAGCCCCAACGGUGUUCGGCGCCCGCCAUGGCCUCGAAACGGUCAGCCAACUAACAGCCCUACGAACGUAUCCCGACGGAAAUUGCCUGCUCAUCCUGACAUCGGUCAACCUGAAAGACUACCCUCACUACCCGCACAGAGGACUCCUUCUGGACACGGCCAGGAACUUCAUUCCCAUUCGAGCCAUCCAGCGCCAGCUGGACGGGAUGGCGUCCACCAAGUUGAACGUCCUGCACUGGCACAUCACCGACUCGCAGAGCUUCCCGCUGGAGAUGCCCAGCCUGCCGCUGAUGACCAAGUACGGUGCCUACUCGGAGAAGCAGAUCUACACGCAGCAGGACGUGCGGAGCGUGUUCGAGUACGCCAAGCUGCGGGGGAUUCGAGUGCUGUUGGAGUUCGAUGCACCAGCACAUGCCGGAAACGGCUGGCAAUGGGCCCCAGCGGCCGGUUUCGGCAGCCUUGCCGUCUGCGUCAACCAGCAACCGUGGCGUAAGCUUUGCAUCGAACCUCCCUGCGGUCAGCUGAACCCGGCCAACCCGCAUCUGUACCCGACGCUGCAGAAACUGUACGCCGACUUCUCCGGCCUGAUUCCCCCGCAGGAAAUCCUCCACAUGGGAGGUGACGAGGUGUUUUUCGGCUGCUGGAAUGCCACUCGGGAGGUUGUAGAUUAUCUGGAGGGACAGGGCAAGAGUCGAGGGGAGGACGAUUUCCUGGAUCUGUGGGGAGAGUUCCAGGCGAAUGUGCUCCGAUUGUGGGAUCAACAACGGCAGGGUUUGGAGCAGCUGCAACCGACAAUUCUUUGGUCCAGUCAUUUGACCGAUCCGGCGGUGAUUGAAAAGUAUCUGCCCAAGGAACGGUACGUAGUGCAGACGUGGGUCGAAUCGGAUAAGGAUCUACCGCUGCAGCUGGUGAGGAAAGGCUAUCGAUUGAUUGUGUCCACUAAGAACGCGUGGUACUUCGAUCACGGAUUCUGGGGAGUAACGAAUUACUACAAUUGGCGCAAGGUGUACAACAACAAACUGCUCAAGAGCACCAAGGUGUUGGGUGGAGAGGCUUGCAUCUGGACCGAGUUUAUCGACGAGAACUCACUGGAUUCCCGCACAUGGCCCCGAUUGGCUGCGGUGGGAGAACGGCUGUGGGCCAAUCCACUGCAGGACGCCUCCAAGGCGGAAGGGCGAUUCUACCGGCACCGAGAGAGACUGAUAACGCGUGGACUGAGACCCGAAGCCGUGGCACCCAAGUGGUGCGAGCAGAACGAGGGAGAGUGCCAAUAGCCACGAUUGGCAGCAGGAUUCCAGUUGGAUUUUUUUCCUAUCGGUUGUGGCGACCUUCAGGGUUGCCAGUUUAGUUGUUUUGAAAAAAAUGUUUCCAAGAAAUGCAGGAAUAAACUUUAAAUUCUUCAUGUUAUUUCAAUGAACUCAACAUGAAAAAGAAAAAGGAAAGGAUAAA